AUGGAUGAUAGGAAGCAUAGAGUCAAAGGAUUGGUGAAGAAAGUAAACAAUCAUUCUCAUCAUCUUUUUCUUGUGGUAAAUCCACAGGCCAAGGUAGAGUCUUGGCACAGAAUAUUUUCUCAGAGUCUUGGACUCUUGGGUUCACCUUAUUCAGGCACCGCCAACCAAAUCCUACUAACCGCCCAUCCAAGUUUGUGGCCGAGGUUUAGGGUCAGAACAAGAGGUGUCAGACGAGUUUUAGGGAUUCAGAAAAUGCCAAGUUUAGGAACACUGGGCAAUCCGCAGAUAAGGGAGGCUUUGAGUGAUGUACCAGGAGGACUGGAGUCGUUGGAAUGUGUUGGGUUUGAUCUGAGAAAGGAAGGUGGGGAGGUGUGGGCACUUAUGGGAGUCCCUCAGAGGAGCGAAUUGGUCAAAUUAAGAAUGCAAUACUGUUGCUAG